UGUUCCCGCACUGCUUGAAAUCUGCCAAUGUAACUCCUUUGUUUAAAAAGGGUUCCAGGCAGGAUGUAUCUAACUAUCGACCUAUUUCUGUUCUUUCUACAGUAAGCAAACUAUUCGAAAAAAUCCUAUUUAAGCAGCUUCUAUGCCACUUUGAGUCCAAUAACCUGCUAUAUGAUCACCAGUUUGGCUUUAGAAAGGGUUUAUCUACCACCCAUGCUCUGUAUAAACUUAUAGAUAAAGUUCUCACCGCCUUUGAAAAAAAACUUCCUGUAAUGAGUAUACAUUUUGAUUUAACCAAAGCUUUCGAUCUCCUCAAUCAUUCUUUGCUACUCAAGAAAUUACAUUUAUACGGUCUCUCUGAAAAUGCCUUAACGCUCAUUGCUUCAUAUCUUUCUGAUCGUAAUCAGAGAGUAAAAAUUGACUCUGUCAAUGGACCCAUUCUUUCUAGUGUCUUACCCUUAAUGACCGGAGUCCCUCAGGGAUCAAUUUUAGGCCCACUUUUAUUUAUCAUUUUCAUGAAUGACCUUCCCUUUAAUGUCAAAUACCCCAUUUUACUAUUUGCGGAUGACACUUCUGCCUUAGUUGAGGGUGGAGAUGUAAUACUUAAGGCUCGUGAAGUGUAUGACCAGGCCUCCGCCUGGUUUAAUGCCAACGAUCUGGCGGUUAACCAAAGUAAGACACAAGCUUUAAUGUACUCAGCCGGCUCUAGUAAUGCUCCAUCCAUUGAUUAUUGUAUUCUAGGAGACUCAAAUAGUAUUCGACUGGAAAACUCUGUUGAGUUUCUUGGUAUCCAAAUAGAUAAAGGGCUCACCUGGAAAGAACAUACCAGUAAAGUCAUAUGUAAAUUAAUCCGAGCAUCUUGGGCCCUUCGCAACCUGUCAAGAAUAUCUACCCUUCAGUGUUGCUUAGCAUUCUAUCAUGCCCAUGUUGUUUCCCAUAUG